AUGUCAACAGAAGGUGUCAUUGUGGAGGACACAAUUAAUUCUUGUAGGUUUGCGCCGGGUUCACCCAAGAAUAGGCUAAAAUUCUUGUGCAGCCAUGGUGGCAAGGUUCUUCCCCUGCCUGCCGAUGGCCACCUUAUGUACGUUGGUGGCGAAACCCGUGUCAUUUCUGUGCCUCGCGACAUCGGUUUCCAAGAAGUUAUGACGAAGCUCACUUACCUGAUUGAUGGUGAAAUGCUCCUGAAGUAUCAGCUACUCCAAGAGGACCUUGAUGCCCUGGUGUCGGUGAAAUCUGAUGAAGAUUUAGGCCACAUGGUCGAAGAGCAUGAUCGUUAUGAAAGUGCAGGAAGCUCAAGGCUUCGAGCUUUCCUGUUCCCUGCAAACCUUUCUGCAAUUGAGAACAAAAUGGCAUCCACAGAACAUCGUGAACUUGAGCUACGAUACAUUGAUGCCAUCAAUGGCAUAAUCCGUGCUACACCAAGUAGCAAAAAACCAAGUCCAACUAUCAUUGUAGGACAACGUGGGACUUUUAUUUCCUCGGCAUGCUCGUCCCCAACAUCACCCAAGAGCUGCACUACCAAAGCCAUGUGCCACGAAAGCCCGCUUCAGGGUUGUCAGCAAACGGGAGAAGUGAAAAUGCAGAAAGUCGAGAGCUCACCUAGCAUACGCAACCUAAAUAUACCACAGCAAACCAGCCACUCUGUUCAUUCCCACAACUAUUAUCAGAAUUUGGUUCAAUCUCCUCAACUCAACUAUCAGUCCAGCAAACCACCUACUGAUCCGCACAGAUAUGGUGCAUCUGAAAGGCUCGUCUCGAUCAGGUCUAUAGGAAGAGUUGAGGGAGUAAAGUACCAAGUCGAUCGUUGCCCCUAUAACUACUACUCUACGCCUUGGCAUAACCGAGGAAGCAGAUGUUGUACUAGAUGUAUGCAUUGUGAUGAUUGUUGCCAUGGUUUGGAUAAAAGAAUGAUUGACAGGACAGGGCGUCCGAGCAUGAGUCCAACUCCCUUAACUCCCCGGAAUGGCUAUAGCAUCUUAAGGGCAUGA